AAAUUCAAACGGAGAACAGAGACAUCCUUCCACUCGGGGGCAGUGUGAGUCAUGAAUGUUAGUGUGCUGUGGCCAAGAAACACGAAGAAACAGAAGGCGGAAGGAUCACGCAGGACACCGGUGAACUUUUCAGGAGCUUAAACAAAGUGCGUUGGACAGGAAGCAUGUCUGUGUUCACUAAAAUACCCUGUGUUUACCUGACAUACACACAGAUCACCAUGACGACAAGCAGGCUGCUUCACCACGUCAGGAGCCUGUCUCACGUCACGGGGAUUCGUCCAUAUACUAUACACACGCUGCACCCGGUCUGUCAGCCUCCACACACUUGGUUUAAGAGCAAAGAUGAUUGUGAUAGGUGGAGGAAAAACAUCCAUCUGACAUCACUACAGCAGGAGAAAGCCACCCCUGUACAGAUAAGUGAGCUGUCAGAAUCGGAGUAUGAGAAGCUGGCAGAUGUGACGUUGGAUGCUCUGGCUGAUUAUUUUGAAGACCUGACAGAUGAAGCUUUCACUGGAGCAGAGUACGAUGUUGUCUUCUCGAGUGGAGUGCUGACAGUGAAGGUGGGCGGGGACCACGGCAUCUACGUCAUCAACAAACAGACUCCAAACAAACAGAUCUGGCUUUCUUCUCCCACCAGUGGACCAAAGCGCUAUGACUGGACAGGGGAAAGCUGGGUGUACACUCAUGAUGGUGUGAGCCUCCAUCAGCUGCUGUCUAAAGAGUUCUCCAUCAUCUUUAAUAAAAACAUGGACCUCAUUGAUCUGCCCUGUUCCUGAGACCAAACACCCGCAGAUGACCUGCCUUCACUGUAACUCCACACAGUAGUACAGUGUGUACACCUUCACAAUAACUUCUCAAUGUCAGCAAUGAUCCAAGUAUGUGAACUGUUGUGUUGGUAGCUAUAUGUCCUCCCUAUAUUGUAUGUUUGUACUUAACAGUGAUAGCAACACAUUCUCCCAUUUUCCUUGUAAGUUGAAAGGGCAUGCCCGUUGUUGCUAAUUAGCAUUUGAACACCUUCCAAUCAUCAAUAAAGAGCAUGAGACUGCAGGGCCACAUGUACCCAAACUCUCACGAGUAGAAAAGUUGAGACAGAAGUCAAGAAUGCCCAAACUGAAGAAAUUUCCAAGUGUAAUGAAAACAUUGCUUAGUUUGUAUUGAAGUAAUGCAGCACUAUCUCCAUAUGAGCAUGUGUUCAAGUGACCCAUGUCUGAUCUCAGAUGUGGUGCUUAACAAAUAAAGAGACUGGCCCAAAGCUUACAGAAUAGCCUCACUCUCAAAAUCUCUGACACACUCUUAUGAAAAGAAUACACAGAAAAGAAACCACAAUAUGCACUGAAACCUGUUUUAAAAGCCUCUGCACCCUGUGACACAGCUGCUGACACACCACUUCCAAAACACAUUAAAUAUCUUGUAAAAUAAUUGCUGAGAAUAUGUGAAAAGACUUAUAUGUUACUGAAAGGUGGAGUUGCUCCCAUGAAUGCUAAUUGUGCUGAGGCCACGCCCACUCAGGGGAGCAACACCUUGGAGCUGAGAAUUCAUUUUUACCUGAUUUUGACACUUUGACAACUUGUCGAUAUUUUUAAUAAUUCAGAUCUGGCUGGGUGCUUAACACUUUGGUCUGAUGAACUCAUAUGAAACUCAUAUUCAUUCUUACUUUACAUGGACUUUUAGUGAUUAUAACUCAGGGUCUUCUUUCCCUAACAAGCCUGUUCCCUUGCGGUGGUUUAUCUAGAUUGGAUGAUUUAUUUGUUUCAACAAAACAAUGCUUUGUAAAAUAAUGAAAAUAAUUAUUACAAAAUGUAAAUGAUAAAAGCAUUAUAGUUAGAAUCCUAUGAUAUUGUACAACUGUAGAAAAUGCAAUAACCAGUUAUAUUGCACAUGCAGGUCAACAGUGCAUUGUGUGUAAGAUUGCUUGUGCGUGUACACAGAUUCUGUUCUUACCAUUUCAAACUAAGAAAUGGUAAAACAGUUAGUGACUGAAGUUUCCAAUGGCUAACUUGUUCCGAAUAACAAAUUCUGGACAAUAUUUCAGCGUUUUGUUUUCAUUAGAAUUUAUUUUAUUUACAAUAUUAAACAUAACUGUCUGAUGUAUUGUGAUUGGCAGACCUAAACAGGAGCUGUUAAUGACCAAAGAAAAGCCUCUGUCCAUGUCAUGUGAUUCCACCCUCCUGCAGACACAAACACUGGAGUCUAUCAGGAUUCAAUACAGCUAAUUCUGUCAGUUUCAUCAAUAAAACUGCUUAAUGCUUUCCUUAAA